UAUUCCGGCCCGGAACCAAACUCCCGAAACCGCACUAAAAUAAAAUCAAUCGUCCCACUCCCAUCAUUUUGAAAUUUUGAGCACUUCUGAUUUCCCCCCACUUCUCUUCCGUUCUCCUCCGUCCACGGUCGUGAUGUUGGCAGAAUCCGGCGAAUCACCCUCAGAUCGGGACCCUCUCUUGCAGUGGCUUCUGUCGAUAAGAGAGGCUCAUGACGGUGGAAACUUUUUGGAACUGGAAGAGCUUGUGUCGAACUGUAUUGACAAUUUCAAGGACGAUAUAAAGUACCGAGAUGAUCCCAGAUUCCUCCAGAUUUGGUUCCUCCAUUUGGGAAGCAGUAGUGACUUUGAAACAAUUUUCAAAGAGAUGGAGAAGAGAAAGAUAUGCAUACGGAGCUCUUUGCUUUACGAGCUGUAUGCAUGUUUCCUUGAAGGUAAAGAGAUGUGGCAAGAAGCAUAUUGGGCAUAUCAAAUUGGCAUUUCAAGGGAAGCUGAACCACUGGAGAGGUUGAAAAGUGCAUGUUCACUUUUUCUUGAUAGAAUGUCUGAUAGAGUAAAUGCUUCCUCACUGGAAAAGAUUGAUGGCGAUAAGUCCAGCAGGUCAGAAACAUGUAUUAAUCCUUGGUCUGACUCCACAAUGGAUAACCUGUUGCAGAAGAUAAAACCUUCGCUUUCAAAAUCUGAUGGAUAUCAUCUAUGUAAUAAAGCCUACUCCGGGAAAGUGGAUUUAUCUUCACUCCGAGCUUCGUCAAAGAACAAGACGCUGGAGCUAGGUAAGAGAAAGUACCAAAUCAAGGGCUGUACUGGGCAAGGUCGUUUUGCCUUAGUAUUUAAAGCACAUGAUGACAGCACUCCUGAUGAGUACGUUGCACUGAAGAUACAAACGCCGCCUUUUCCUUGGGAAUUUUAUAUAUAUCGUCAACUUGAUAAGCGUAUUCCAGACCAGCAAAGGUCAAGCUUCGGGUUUGCUAAACGAAUGCAUCUUUACUCGGACUACAGCAUACUUGUCUGUGACUACUUAUCCCAUGGGACACUUCACGACGUGAUAAAUUCCUUUUGGGUUGUUCGCAAACCCAUGGAGGAAGUGCUAUGUGUUUAUUACACCAUAGAGAUGCUAUGUAUGCUGGAAACUUUGCAUGACGUUGGCCUUAUUCAUGGGGAUUUCAAGCCUGACAACCUUCUUGUUCGCUGUGCCAGAGGUGAACUUAAAGAAGAUGAUUAUAAGAAACGAGAUGGCCAUUGGCGUGAACAGGGUCUCUGCCUAAUUGACUGGGGAAGGGCUAUAGACCUGCAUCUUUUCCCAAGCCAAGUCGAGUUUGAAGGAAGCUGCCGGACUUCUGGCUUUCGAUGUGUUGAGAUGCAGGAGAACAAACGCUGGAAAUGCCAGGCAAGUUUUGUGGCUGACUCCUACAACCUUUGUGGCGUCGCACACCUGAUGCUACACGGAUCCUACAUGGAGAUAGAAAGGAAACGCACUUCAGAUGCCGACCACGUUUAUAUGCCUAGACUGCCUUUUAGAAGGUACUGGAACUGCAAGUUAUGGGAGAGGCUGUUUAAGGAGCUGCUCAACAAUGCCCCUAAUGAUGACAAGAUGUUACUGCGCGAUUUGAGGGAGUGCUUUGAAGAAUACCUGUGCUCGGAUCCCCAAUUAUUAAGGAAGCUGAAGGACUUGCUGACAAAGCUAAAGCUUUCCUUGUGUUCUGCAUAGUGGUUUUCUCUGAUGUUUUCCUCCAUGAGACCUCUCUCACAUUCCCCUAGUUCAGCACCAUGGCGGAGAUUACAAGAAGCCAUGUAGUUGGAUUCACAGGGUGUCAGUCUUCCUCUCCUUGUAGGUAAAUGAGUACGUGAUGUCUAUGCACAUAAUUCGUGUUAUGUAUUGUCGUAACCCAGUAAGGUGAAAGGAGAUGAAGUAGCUGGUCGAGGUGAUUGUGUGUUAUUUAUCUGAUUUCUUUACGGGAAGGUUUUUGUAUGUAUGUUAAUCUAUACGCAAGUAUCUCUCUUUCCCGUUAUCUUUUUAGUUUCCGUUACAGUACUCCAAAUGAGGAAAAGUAUAUCUAUAUAUACAAGAUGUUGAGCAACAAACUUACUACGUAAUCGAGACAUUAAGUGGAACUCAUUCCGUUAUCAAGAUGCAAUUGUACAUAAUUUUAAGUGAGCCGAGAUUUGAUGAUUGAUA